AGUGGCCAUUCUGAAGAACUGAAGCCAUCAUGCCCUGAGAGGAAAGAACAUAUGGACUCUGAUGAUGGAAAGACGGUACAUGAAUCUAUCAGUCCAUUUCAUUCAGAUGAAAAUUCAGAUAUUCUUGUGACAAAAAGCUUCUCAGAAGGUAAUGUGGUUGUACAACCAGAACCAAAGAAGGAGGAAGACAAAGAUGAUUUCCAAGAGCCCGAAGUUAGACACAAAAGUAGAAUGAAAACAAAAAAUUCCAAAAGACAUGUUGGGGAAAGACUUCAUGAGAUUGUGUGUUGUACUGCUUGUGGUCAGCAAGUGAACCAUUAUGAGGAUUCAGUAUAUAGACAUCCUGCACUGAAUGUUCUUAUUUGUAAGAGCUGCUACAUAUAUACGAGUGAUGACAUAAGGCAUGAUUCUACUAGACCUCAUAAGCACUGCAGAUGGUGUGCAGAAGGCAGAGAUUUAAUUUUUUGUGAUUUCUGCCAUAAUGCUUUUUGUAAGAAAUGCAUUUGGCGCAAUCUAGGGAAAAAGGAGAUGUCAAAAGUGAUGGAUAAGAACACUAAGUGGAGUUGUUACAUUUGUCAGCCAGAGCCUUUAUUGGAUUUGGUUGCCAUAUGCGACUGUGUAUUUGACAAUUUAUCAGACUUAGAACAGCAGUCUAAAAAGAAAAAGUUAGUAUGUGAAAAGACUGAUAACACAUGUGAUCAUUCAGAGAAAUUAAAGCAUGGAAGUUGCGCUGAAGAGACACAUCAGGUGUAUAACCCUUCCUCUGAUACUGCACAACGCCCUUUUCACACAUCACUGAUUCCAAAAGCCUUGAUUGAGAAGACAAAAGCAUUGGUUGACAACUUGAGAGAAACAAACGCUACUUUGCUGAAACAUAUGCAACAAACAUUCCAUUGCUCAGAACUUAGCCCAAGUGAGAGGGACUGUCAGUAUGAAAUUAUGAAAUACAUGAUAAUGGAGAUAUGUAAUGCUCUGGAGGCCUUGGAAGAUUGCCUGAUUAAUGAAGUAAUUAAAUUGGUUAAAGAGAUGGGACGGCACCCGCUCUAUCCAACCAGAUUUAUUAUGUUUUGGUACCUAAUCCUCUCCUUGAUUUCUGUAUGCUGCCUCUUGUUACUGUCACUCUGCCCUGGUGGGGGGAGAUGCGCAGUUCUCCUGAAAUGUGAUCAAAUACAGGCUUCUGUUGUCUACUUUGAAAUACCUCUCUUUUUAAUGGAGUUGGUGGACUUGUGA